AUGAGACUUCUCAAUGUCAAAUCCUUCAAACUCGAGGAAUUCCAAGACGAUGUGCCAAAAUAUGCAAUCGGAUCGCAUCGCUGGAGUUUCGACGAGGCGCUCUUCAGUGACGUCCGGCUCGCGCGAAAUACAGAAGGUGACGGCUACAAGAAACUGGUUGCCUUUGCCGAUUAUAUGAAACAAAAUUUGCCCGCUGUAGAAUGGCUAUGGAUCGACACAUGCUGCAUAAAUCAUCAAGAUCCUACGGAAGUCACCCAGAACCUUGAUUUCAUGUUCAAAUGGUUCCGGAACGCUGAGGUUUGUCUGGCAUAUCUCGCCGACGUGGAAGUCGCCACCGAUAUGGACCAAUUCAGACAGAGUGUAUGGUUUACAAGAUGUUGGACUCUGCAGGACCUGCUUGCACCACGGAUUGUAGUAUUUCUCUCGGCUUCAUGGGAAACGAGUUAUGAUUUAUCAGUCGACGUGAAAAUGAGUUGGAUGAACGGAAGGGCGUCAACGCGAGAAGAGGACACGUGGUAUGCGUUAUGCGGUAUAUUGGACGCUGUCAUUGGUACAAGAUAUGGCGAAGGGCAUGCCAGAGCAAAACGGCGUCUGCUAGACGCUGUA